CCAAAACCGAAGCAGCUGGCCACCCGAACGUCAAUCGAAUUUCCGCGUUGUUGGUGCGGUUGUUGAUAAACAACGGCCGUUCUUGAUAGUAUUGCCUGACAUCGUCCGCGUUUAAAUCAGUUUAAAUAUAUACGCCUUAUAUGAAAUUUCCUGCGAAUGGAGGGUUCGCGAUGUCUCAACACGGAGCUGCUCUGCAAACGUAUAAUCAGGAGCUUGUCAAAUGUUUAGAAGAGAUGAAGGUAAGGCGAUCGGAACUUCAAUCUCAGAUAGAAUCCCAGGAGGAAGAAAAGAACAAUUUGCAACGCGAAAUCGAGAAGAUGUCGUGUAAACUUACCCAACUGAACGAUAAUUUAGCAAAAAGAAUCACGGUCAGAAACGAAUACGAUAGAACUAUCGCCGACACUGAGACAGCAUAUGUAAAGAUUCUGGAGAGUUCCCAAUUAUUGCUCAAUAUGAUCAAAAAAGAAGCUGUGAGUCUGGAUCAAACUUUAGGUAAAGCCAAUACUGAUAAGCAGUACCGAUAAAAAAAAAUACGAUAUAAAAUAGAACUCGACAACAAAUUUGUGAGGGACCAUAUAUCUAAAAAAUGUAU